AUGGCAGACUCAUCGAGUUCAACGGCUCCUGCAGCGGCUGCAAAGCCCCAGGUGGCUCCUAAGCCACCUAAUCCAGUUUUCAAAAUGAUGGGCCUGCCCAACAUUCGAUUCAAACUUCCUUCCCGUAAUUGGAUGAUCUUUUUGACUAUCACUGGUUCAUUCGCCAGUGCCAUGAUCUAUGAUCGACGAGAGAAGCGCCGGGCGCAGCAAAAAUGGUCCGAGCUGGUGGCCCAUCUGGCAAAGGAGCCGUUACCGGUUGAGCAGAUGCGCCGGAGAUUGACGGUCUACCUGGCCGCUCCUCCAGGAGAUGGUCUGCGUGUGGCUCGGGAUCACUUCAAAGAGUAUGUGAAGCCGAUCCUGACCGCAGCCGCACUGGAUUAUACUGUGGUUGAGGGUCGUCGGGAGGGUGACAUUCGCGCUGGCGCGGCAGAGAAGAUCCGCAAGUCGAGGCGCAAGGCUGGAGAGUUGAGCGCUACAACUCCGGAGCCUGGCGUCGAGGAGGUUGUGCUGGCGACACGAGAGCAGAUCGGUAUUCAGGACGAGCCCGGUCCCAAGGGCGACUUGGUGAUCGGCCGGCAUGCCUGGAAGGAAUAUGUUCGGGGCUUACACGAGGGCUGGCUUGGUCCCAUGGAUGCUCCGGCACCUCCAGUAGAUCUCUCCGCACCGGUAGCUGAUGCGCCUGAGGAGCCUUUGAAGGACACUGCAGUUGGCGAUGUGCCAGCGGAAAUUUCCAAGCCCGCCGAGACUAGCGAGUCCAGUGUGAGCAGCGAGGUUCCCGCUGUCCCCGAGACUCCCGAGAAGAAACCUGAAGAGGAGAAGAAGGAAGAAGAAAAAUCAGCUAAGCCUACUGGUCCUGUCGCCGCCUAUAUCACCACUGCCGAAUAUCCCUCCGCCCAACCCGCUCCCUCUCUCCCUCAGUCCUUUGACAGCUCCGUCCCUAUCGAGUUCCCUCACAUUCUCGGCUUCCUCAACACCCCAAUCCGCAUGUACCGCUACAUGAACCAGCGUCAUCUUGCUGAAGACAUUGGACGCGAAGUCGCCGCUCUUGUCCUCGCUAACAGCUCUCGCCCUUACCGCGACGAGUCCUUCAGCUCCGAGUUCAGCGCCGAUUCCUCCGCUACAGAUCUUCCACGCAGUAACUGCGAGCUGCAGAGCAUUCUAGAAAUUGAAGAGAAGGAGUGGCACAAGUCCGUGCAUAAGCGUGAAGAUGACGAGAAGGAACGCGAAUGGCUGGAUGAUAUCGUUCUGGACCCACGUAUCGCCUCGCGCAUGAGCCGGGCUGAGCUUUCCUCCGAGGAUGAGGCCCGCUCUCAGCGACUUGCUGAGCAAAAAGAAUAUAUUCUGGGUGAAGAGCGCCCGAAGCCUAUUUCUUUCUGGCAGAGUAUGUGGAUCAAGUAUGGCAAUGGAGAGGAUGAAGAAACCAUUCGACGCAAACCGAUUAUUGAAAAGUUCGAUGCCGAGUCUAAUGCCUAA